AUGUGGGCGUGUGUGCCGGCAGGCUUUGUGUUGGUUCGGCAGGUGAGCCGGCACACCUUCGGCCUGGUGCAGAGCAAGCUCUUCCCCGUGUACUUCCACUGCCUGCUGGGGGGCAGCGGGGUCAGCCUGGCGCUGUACGCCCUGCACCACCCAUGGGUGCAGCUGGACUGGCAUGAAAGUCUGCAGAUGGGUCUGUACGUCGUAGCGCUGGUCACGGUCGGUCUGAACGCGCGGUGGUUCGGCCCGGCGGCCACGCAGGUGAUGGUCCAGCUGCAGGAGGUGGAGAAGGAGCACGGCCUGGGGGGCCAGGUCGGCCUGGGGGCCCAGGCGGAGGCGUACGCCGCGCUCCGAGAGAAGGACCCCAAGUAUAAGGCCUGCAGGCGCUCGUUCGGCCGCUACCACGGGCUGUCCAGCCUCUGCAACCUGAUCGGGUUCAUCUGCACCACCACGAACCUGGUCUACACAGCUCUCAAUCUGUCCACCAUUUAGAGAAGCAGGACCUCAAAUAAAAGCCAGGCCUUUAUUUACCUGAACCGCAGACGGUACCCGGCCUUUAUUAGAGGUGGGCCUUCAUUAGAGGCUGGCUUUUAUUAGAGGCAGACCCUUAUUAGAGGCUGGCCUUUAUUAGAGGCAGACCCUUAUUAGAGGCUGGCCUUUAUUAGAGGCUGACCCUUAUUAGAGGCUGGCCUUUAUUAGAGGCAGACCCUUAUUAGAGGCUGGCUUUCAUUAGAGGCGGGCCUUUAUCAGAGGCCGGCCUUUAUUAGAGGGGGGCUUUCAUUAGAGGCGGGCCUUUAUUAGAGGGGGGCUUUCAUUAGAGGCAGGCCUUUAUUAGAGACGGGCCUUUAUUAGAGGCUGGUCUUUAUUAGAGGCUGGCCUUUAUUAGAGGCGGGCCUUUAUUAGAGGCUGGCUUUCAUUAGAGGCUGCCUUUCAUUAGAGGCUGGCCUUUAUUAGAGGGGGGCUUUCAUUAGAGGCAGGCCUUUAUUAGAGACGGGCCUUUAUUAGAGGCUGGUCUUUAUUAGAGGCUGGCCUUUAUUAGAGGCGGGCCUUUAUUAGAGGCGGGCCUUUAUUAGAGGCUGGCUUUCAUUAGAGGCGGGCCUUUAUUAGAGGCUGGCUUUCAUUAGAGGAUGGCCUUUAUUAGAGGCUGGCUUUCAUUAGAGCGGGCCUUUAUUUGA